AUGGCAGACGCCCUGCCUCAUGGAUUGGUGUCAACCACUGAGCGUGUGAGCUCUGAUCUAGAAAGUGCAGAUCAUGUUGAGAUCGAAGAUGUUGCGAAGCUAUGGCGAGUCUACACAAACAACAAAAUCACAUUAAAGCAAGGAGCCGGACGGCGGCUGGAGAAUUUAUUUUGGAGGGUCUGGAGUAAUGGACGUAUCAGUUCAAACAUCUCCGGGUCAACUCUGGCCAGGCUGUUCAUGCAACUGACCGACGAGACGCCACUCUGGACCAAGGCCAAAGAAGAACUGGACUCCAUUCCGAGAAGCCCUCUUCCAAAGUUCCCGCAGCCUACGCCGGCGCUUCACUCUCCAGCUUACUCAGGGACCAACAAAAACAACCCAAAGGUUCAUCAGUCUAGUAACAACUAUCGGAGUUGCAGCCGAAUGCAACCUCCUCCGUCUAUUCUUAAGAAACCGUCCCGAUCAUCCUCGCAAAAUACACGCAAAAGCACCCGCUUUACAUUUGAAGGACUUGAACAGCCUGAAGAAGUCGAUAUCUGGAAGAACUUUCGAUCACCACCAAGAUGGGCGGAACACGGGCCCAAUUGUGAUUCCGACCUGAGGCUCAAAGCUGCAGCUAUGAAUGCCCGUGCAGCUCAGUCUCCAGUCGGGCCAGUUUCUCCAAAAACCGUUGGAAAUCCAAGACCCCCCAAACCACCACUGCCGGUUCAGCACGCAUCGAGACCGCUUCCAAACUAUCCUCUAUUCGACGACUCGCCAGGAAGCCCAACAGCCACCGAAAAGCAGCUCAGCCCAAAAGCAAAGACUCCGCAGCCACUAUCACGGCCCAAGCCAACAACAAAGAAGCCUGCUGAACCCUUUCCCACCAUUCCAUUGGUCGAAAAAGACUUUCGCACCCGUUUUGUCGAAAGACAGCCACGCGAAUCACGCGUUUCCUCUCUCACCAGUUUAAUUUCCUCUGACGAAUCACUAUCUUUGUCAAUCUCACCAGCAUCCAUCAAUCCACUUCUCCUCCGCCCAGGCCGCCAGAUCCCCCGAACAGCAGAUUCUAUGCACCCAGACAUCCUCCCCGCGCAGCCACCCGAGGCUUUGCUCUCGAGAACAUUAUCGAGCUCCCCGACAAACCUUAUUUCAUCCCAUGAAAACUUACAGCCUCCGAUUCGACGUAGCAAACAAUCGAGUCAGCUGAGCAAGUUGAUUGAGGAAGAGAAGAGGACAAAGGAGGAAUGA